AUGGUUGAUGCUAAGCCCAUUUCUAGUCCGGCUGAAGCUGGAUCUCGACUUAUUCUUUCUGGUGAUCAUCUGCCUGAUGCUCAUUUAUAUCGUAGUGUUGUUGUUGUCAAACGCAUACUUCGAUAUCUGAAAGGAUCCCUCCAUGAUGGCCUCUUCUUACGACCUAUGUCUGAUUCUAGUCUGAUAGCCUUUUCAGAUGUUGGUUGGAUAUCUAACCUUGAUGAUAGUCGCUCCCAACAUGGUUUUGCACUAUUUUAUGGAGGUAACUUGAUCAGUUGGUUUUCUCGAAAACAAAAAGUUGUAGCCCGCUCAAGGACUGAAGCUGAGUAUCGUGCUUUAGCUCUGGCAACUACUGAAUUAAUCUGGGUACAAUAA